UGAGCAGCUCUUGAGCCCUCAAGCCAUGGCCGACACCAUCUUUGGCAGCGGGAAGGACCAGUGGGUGUGUCCCAACGACCGACAGCUGGCCCUCCGAGCCAAACUGCAGAGCGGAUGGUCAGUGCAUACAUACCAGACGGACAAGCAAAGGAAGAGUCAGAGCCUCAAUGCUGAUGAAGUGGAGGCCAUACUGGAGGUCAUCCAGAGGGCCGAGAAACUGGACAUCAUGGAGCAACAAAGAAUUGGGAGGCUGGUGGAGCGACUAGAGAAUAUGCGGAAGAAUGUGAUGGGGAAUGGACUCUCCCAGUGCUUUCUGUGUGGGGAGCCCCUGGGCCUCCUGGGCAGCUCGUCGGUCUUCUGUCAGGACUGCAAGAAGAAAGUCUGCACCAAAUGUGGGAUUGAGACAUCCAGCAGUCAGAAGCGGACUCUUUGGUUGUGUAAGAUAUGCAGUGAGCAGAGAGAGGUCUGGAAGAGGUCCGGGGCAUGGUUCUACAAAGCUCUGCCAAAAUACAUCCUGCCCCUGAAGAGAGCAGGCCAAGCCAGCGAGCCCCACUUCCGGCCGCCCCCUCUGGAGCCUGCCACGAGCGACCCCAGGAGCAUCAGCACGAGCCGUUCCUACACCUGGGCGCGAGGCAAAGUGGUGUCUAGUGACAGCGACAGUGACUCAACCUUGAGCUCUUCCAGCCUCGAAGAGAAGCUCCCGUCCAGUGGGACCAAGAGCCCAACAGGCAGCAAAUCCAAGACAGAAUUAGGUGGCAGCAGUGACCUUCCCAGUGCAGCCCAAGGCCAGGCCCUGCCUCCUAGCCACCCCUCAGGGAGCUGGACCAGCCUGGGCAGCAGCGAGGCUGGAGGAGUCCAAAGUGGCCCAGAGAGUGGCCCAGGAGAGCUGCAGGGCAGUGGCUCUGACAGUGACAGUCACAAGGCUCCCAGCAAGAGACACACCUGGAUGAGUCCACGUUGUUGAUCCGAGCAAAGGAAGCCGUUGGCUUUUGCCAAGGGCACAAACUGGACUUUUCCUUGGAACAUACAAACCCACACAACCCCCUCAGUGUUCCAGGCUUUUGGACCUUCCUGUGUCCUUCUUGUUUACCAAGCUGCCUUGAUGAUUUGUUCCUAGCAGGAACAGAAUCAGCCUUUCCUACAACCCUCAUGGACCCUGGCAGUCAUCUGUAAGAGGGCAGCUGGGACAGUCCUGUGCCCAUUUCAGACAGCUACUGGCCACCCCCCAGG